GGCCGACACACAUCGCUGCAAAGAAACUACAAAUUCUCAUCAAUACCGGAAAUUAAAUUCUCAGAAUGGCCACAUGCUCUGGAUACUCAGAAAUUCCAUUUCGUGGUCCCUGGGAGCAGGGUACCAUCGACAAGAGCUAUCUGCAAGCGCUGCUAGCAGUUGAUCACGACUUAACCCUGAGCGAGGACACUUGCUUGCAAUUGAUCCGACUGUUCAGCAAAGAAGGAGGCGAUGAUAUCACUAAUGACCUCUACUACUCGUAUGUCAAUGAUUUGGUCACCAUGUGGUUGAACGUUUAUAGGGAACUGCUCAACCGCUCGCUUUUCAUCACCAGGAAUACCGUGUGUAAUGGUUGGAAACCGAAUUCUAUUAAGCGCUCCAUAUUAUAUUAA